UGGUGGCAGCCGUGCUGUUUGCUCACACAUACGCGAUGCCAUUCCCCCUUGACAACUAUGAUCUUGAGAAAGAAGGCUUAUUACAGCAGCUCAACGACGAGUAUGGUGAACCAGUUGAGAUAACACUGCGAGACUCUGAGAGGCCAGCAUACGAACAAUGGCCGGAAAAUGGAGAAUUGCUUAGCCGCCAAAAAUACAAAUAUGACAACUCUGAAUACCCACCUUUCGACUAUGGCUUGUUAGAAGACCCUGAAUUCAUGAAUUUGGUUGCUGAAGAGUUGUAUAACAUGGUUUAUCGAGAAGUUUUAAAAGAGAAACUUGCAGAAUUUAUCAGUGAACUUUCCCAACCUAGGGACGAAUUUGAAAAUGAAGCAGCGCCAGUUAAACGAACGAAAAUGAACGACUUCUUUAAAUACUACGUCACUACUGAGAAUGAUUUACCCGGGAUCCGACGCCGUUCAGGAUUCGGGCCCGCAGAUCAGUACUUGCUGGACGAAGGUUCGCCAUUAAAUAGGCACGAUACUCGCAAAAGAUGGGGCGGUUUCAAGGAUGACAGACCUAGACGUGCCUUUGCCAAAUCUUCGGGAAUAUUGGACCAGGACGUGGUGAAUAAGAAAGGAAUUAGUGAGGGGAGAGGGUUUCAAGACUUUGACUGGGAUGAUCUUCAACAACUGGUAAAGAAAUCAAACCCGUAUUCUGAUGGGUAUGAUGAACAAUAUGCCCCACCUAUAUAUGGUGCUUUGGAGGAUGAAUUCCCGGACAGUCCGAUUCCGGAUGGCGGCCAGUAUCGUCGAAUCGGCUGGGGAGGGUUUCCAGAAGAAGACUUACGUGAUCCACGUAAGUCCAAAAAAACAUCUGUUGACCCGAUUCCAAAUUUGGUUGGUCCUUUUGCUGGUUACAAUAUGUUUGGCAGACUCAUUGCAGCCGCGGCUGCAGGGAAACGUGUGCAGGCGUACGAGGACGAAGUGCCCUUCAUCGAUCAACAACGAAGGUAUGACGAAGCCUUGGAUGAGGCUGAUUAUGAUAGGGCACUUACAAAGCUAGAUUCGGUCGAAGAUUAUUCGGACAGUGUACAGGAUGGAGAUUUUGAGGGGGAUGUGAACGUUGAGGAUCAAAAUGCCGAGAGACCAAGCCACUUUUGGGACGUAUUUAUUGACAAAUUCGACGAAUUAGCGGACAUUCCAAAACAAGAAAACAGUGAAGUUGCCGAGGCGGAGGCGGCGGAGGCGAAUGAGGAGGUUAAUGAGCUCGUUAAUGACGCCGAUAAUAACCUAGAUGGCAUGUUGGCUUUCCCGAUGGAUGACGAAGACCUUCCGGAGAUUACAGAAUUUGAUCCGGAAGAAGAUGAAGUUACAGAAGAAGAUGAAACAACAGAAGAGGCCAUCGACGAAGCCAAGGCCAAAGCAAGACUUCGACUACAAAUUCUGGAGCUGUUGAAAAAAUUCGAGGAGUUAAGAAGGCGGUAAUAUUUGAUAAUGUUUGUAAAACGAAAUGAAGAUCUUAAAGAAGAGCAUUAGGAAUGUAUUUGAUCGUAUAGCACAGAACAGUAGCAGUUGGUGGGUGAUUAUUGUCACACCUUCCACCCACUACUAUUGAAUCAGCCAGCUCAAUGUCAUGCUAUAGACUUAGGGAAGAUUCACUUUAAGUCUAUGGAUGGGUUUUUGAUACAGUUUCUAAAAAUUGGUGUGGCAAAUUAAAAAAAAGUGUAUAACACUCUAGGAUAUGAGCUUCAGGGCAAUAAAUUAAAUGUUGCUUAGAAUCCGUUAUAUGCCUUUCUCUUCGUAUUUCUUUGUAUUUUGAAUUUUUCAUUGUAUUGUUAUAGUUGCAUGUAAUUUUCAUAACGUGUGUGGAAGAUUUUGGGGGAUUUAUGGUCAUCUUUAACCAUUAUUUGAACAUUAUUUAUUACUUUUGAUGAAAGUGUAUAAUUCGUGUCUUAUUAGACAAAAAAUAUUUUACUAUUCGCACUCUCCUAACUAAAUAAGAUUGCAUGUAACAUGUGUGUUUUUAUUGAGGGUUUUAUUAUUUUAGACUAUAAUUUCAGAUAAGAUACAUAUCAGAAACGGUGUUUUGUAUACCAUGCUUUUACAUUUGUAUACAGCAACAAAACUACUGCCAUGGUUACAUUGCUAAUGUGAAAAAAAAAAUAAAAGUUGUUUAUUGAGACCAUGUGUUUCACGCAAAGGAAACAACAUAUCACGCAUGAAUUCACAUUCCAAAUAUCAAGGAAACGCCAAAGGUAUCAGAAUUAUCAUAAAGGUUUAUGAAUAGAUUACACAUAUCAAUGCUAGUUCAGUCUUGGUCGUGAAUGUGUCAGCUACAUCUGGGGUGGAGAUGGAGGAUAAAGUCAGUUUUAAUAAUUAUGCGUGAUAUUCAUAGAUCAGAUUUAUUUAAAUCUCACGUUUAUUCGUGAUAUAUGUCAUUACUUCUAUUGGGGGUCACCAUAGAUUAUACGAGAAUAUUGUGACGCUAAUCUCCAAACCUUUACUUUGAUAGUAUAAAGAAUUUCAAAAUAUCGACCAAGAAAAUAUUAACAGACAAUCUAAAAAGUUGAAAAUUGUAAUCUAAUAAGAGCUGACUUUGAAAUGAACAACCAAUAUUGCAACAUGCUUGUUUCAUAAUUUAGCCUCUGGUGAGUAAUAACUUAUGAGGUGAAUUUCAGAAUUAUAAUUAAAUCCAAAUUAAUUAAUAACUAAUAUAUACAAAUUGCACCUUUUAUUUAAAUUUAUAUAAUAUUUUAAGACAUAAUUGACUACAAUUUACGAAUAUUUUGAAUUAUUUGUGAUGUAAAAUGAAGUUUUUUUAUUUAUGUAUAUCUGUGGUUAGAGCUCAUGCGCACUGAUGCGCAGGUAGUGGAUGUGUCGGUGUUAUAAAUAAAUCAAUGCCCUAAAACUG